AUGGCGCCCGAGGAGACCGAGGCGCUCAAAAAGGCGAUGAAAAAUCGCCGCGAUGCGAUCUUUGCCGCCGUCGCAGAGGCCCACCCACAGAUGGCGGACCCCGCGGCCGCCGAGGCGGCAGUCAAAAAUUGCCAGCACGAGGUCUACACGGUGCUGUACGGUGGAGGUCGCUUCAAGGGCGACCUCAGUGCUAACUACGGACACUACCUUCCCAGCCGUGCCUUCCCGCAGCCCUUCGCGGCCGUGCCGGACAGAUUCGUCGCCCCCUACAGCCGAGACCAAGCGGGUCUCGCUCGAGCCCCUGCCCCCACGGCGCCCGUGGGUAGCGAGCUCGCGAAGUCAAUAUGGGCAACAACCAAGGCUGCCGAGACGGCCCAGGCCCGGCUUGAAACCACGGCCCCAGGCCCCGAGCCCGCCCUCGACCCGCUGGCGGCCAGCCUCGCCAAACUCGACGUUAGGUCUGCCCCCGAGGCAACCCUCCCCGCUGCCUACAAACCUAACCAGUUCCUAGGAUGCGCCACGGGCUCUCGUGUGGUUGGCCGGCAGGGAGUGGGGUUGGACCCAUCUUCUGCGCCAAGAGCAGCCAAUCAGGAGGCGCUCAGUAGCUCAGUUCCCCUUCCCUUGACUGAGCACCCUGAGCAGGGCGCUCAGUAGGUAAUUAAUAAGUGAGCGAACAUGGCCACGUGCAUAUGCACAUACCAAGCACCCACAAAUGUGAUAUCCAAAAUAGGGCCAAUCCCUCGCCCGCUGUGUAGCCCAUGUGGGGCGGAACCG